AUGGAGGUUGAAUACCGCACUCGUUUAACAGCUGUUUUAGAUGUGACACGUUUUCUCUUGAAGCAAGGAUUGGCUUUUCGUGGACAUGAUGAGUCCUCGAGCUCAUUAAACAAAGGCAAUUUCCUUGAGUUACUAGAGUGGUAUAGCCUGCGGAAUGAUAAAGUUUUUAGGGCAGUUAAUCAAAAUGCUCCUGGUAACAAUCAAAUGACUUCACCAAAGGUUCAGAAGGAGUUAGUAAAUGCUUGUGUAGCAGAAAUUACAUGUGCUAUUGUUGAUGAUAUUGGAGAUAAGUAUUUUUCUAUUAUGAUUGAUGAAGCCCGGGAUGUGUCAGUGAAGGAGCAAAUGGGAGUUGUUCUGCGAUAUGUGGAUAAGAAUGGGUAUGUGAUAGAGCGGUUCCUUGCUAUGGUUCAUGUGUCAGAUACAUCAGCUAUUUCAUUGAAGAAUGCCAUUGAUUGUCUAUUUGCCAAAUAUGGGUUAUCUCUUUCAAGACUGAGAGGACAAGGAUAUGAUGGGGCUUCAAAUAUGCGAGGAGAAUUCAAUGGUUUGAAGGCACUUGUCCUAAAAGAAAAUCCAUAUGCAAGGUAUAUCCAUUGUUUUGCUCAUCAGCUCCAAUUAGUGAUUGUCGUUGUUGCUAAAGACAAUCGAAUUGUGAGUGAUUUUUUCCAAUAUGUUAUUAUGAUUGUUAACGCGGCAGGAUCAUCGUGCAAAAGAAAAGACCAACUUCGGCAACAUCACCAUGAUAGGUUGGUUGAGCAAUUAGAAAAGGUAGAGAUAGUCAGUGGUAGAGGAAAAUAUCAAGAAUCUAGCUUAGCAAGACCAGUGUUAGAUGUCCUCCAAAAUGUGCAUGCUGAUGGUGCUUCAAAUGAUAAUAGAGGCAUAGCGGCAAGUUUGAUUGAAAAAAUGGAGAAUUAUCAAUUUGUGUUUGUGAUGUAUUUGAUGAGGCAUUUAUUGGGAAUAACAAAUGAGUUAUCACUUGCUUUACAACAAAAAGAUCAAAAUAUUGUUCAAGCAAUGCGUUUGAUUGAAGUUGUAAAGGCUCGUCUUCAAGACUUGAGGGAGACAGGAUGGGAGGCAUUUUUGGAGGAAGUCAGCUCUUUUUGUGAACAAAACUCAAUCCCAGUGCCUAAUAUGGGGGAUAAUGUGCGAGUCCGCGGUCGUUCUAGACGGGAAGGGCAAGUCAUUACUCAUUUUCACCAUUACCACGUUGAAAUUUUCUGUGAGGUCAUUGAUUUGAUUUCACAAGAAAUGCAAAACCGCUUCCCAGAAACUAGCACAGAAUUACUUCUUCUUCUAUCAUGCCUUGAUCCAAGGGACUCAUUUUCCAAAUUCAACAUCUACAAGCUACUUCGUCUUGCAGAACUUUAUCCAGAAGAUUUCACAAUUAAUGACUAA